AUGCAAUCAGCUACACGCACAGAUCCUACCUCUGUCAUGAAGCAUAUUGAUACAGGGCCUGACUCUAGUCGUACGGCCCUUGCUAACGUCAUUAACAAUGCCUUUCUUGCUCCAAUGAACUCUUUUACUCCAUUGGAUUCUGGAGUCUCGUUUGCUGUGCAAUACACCGACACACCAACGGUUACUAAAUUCUGUGUCUUGAAGAAGCUCAUCGCCCUUAAUCCUGCCAAAGCUUCUGGGCCUGACGGCGUGCCCGCCUGGCUUUUGAAAGAGAACGCCGACCUAUUGGCUCCUGUGGUUACUUAUAUUCUUAAUAGCCCAUACUUGGAGGCUCGUCUCCCCCAGUCCAGGAAGCUCGCCAACGUCGCCCCUAUUCUUAAGCAGACCCCUGUUUAUGACGUUAAGAAACACCUGAGACCAAUUUCACUUACACCUGUCCUUUCCAAGCUGACUGAGGACUCUGUGGUUGAUCGUUACGUUAAACCAGCUGUACUCGCUAAGGUCGAGCCUCGGCAGUUUGGCACUGUUCCCUGUUCAAGCACCACCGAAGCCCUAAUUAGUAUGACUCAUGCAUGGUACAGUGCUACUGACGGUAACGGGGCGUCUGUGAGGGUGAUUCUCUUCGAUUUUAAAAAAGCCUUUGACCUAAUCGUCCAGCAGAUUUUGGUCAAUAAGCUGGGUACAUAUAACAUCCCCAAUGCUGUCAUCUCAUGGAUUAUCGACUUUCUCACCUCGCGCAAACAGCGUGUUCAACCCGGCCACNCAGUUGUCGUCCUUUUUUGA